GGCGUGGCCUGAGGCGCCGUCGGCCUUUGCGCGUCGCGCCGCUGCGGAGAGGGCGUCGUCGUCUUGGGCUGGCGGGUGGCGCCUGGACUCGCCCUCGCCGUCGCCCUCCCGGUCUGUGGCUGCGGAGCGCCUGGACCCCGUCUUUGCGGCGGAGAUAUCUUCCAUCUGCUGAUUCACCCCCCAAGUGCCUGCUACAGCCAGAGCAGGGCUACACCAGUACCAGGAGCCUGAAGCUCUGACUCUCCCUGUGGGUGGCAGGGACCGAAGUACUUGUGCCACCACCUGCUGCUUCCAGGGUGCACGUUAGCAGGAGCCUGGAUUGGGAGCAGAGCCCCCAGGUGUCUGCACGCUGCCCGCCAUGGCGGCCCCUGGCCACCCGCCGCCACCGCCAGACCCCCAGUUUGUCCUCCGAGGCACCCAGGCAGCAGUGCAUGCCCUGCACUUCCACGGAGCCGACGAGGUUCAGGGGCACCCGCUUCUCUUCUCGGGGUGUCAGAGUGGCCUGGUGCACAUCUGGAGUCUGCGGACACGGAGACCCGAGGCCAUCCUGGACGGCCACGGGGGCCAGUGUGUGACCUGGCUGCACACGCUGCCCCAGGGGCACCAGCUCCUCAGCCAGGGCCGGGACCUGCGACUGUGCCUCUGGAGCCUGGCAGAGGGCAGGAACGCCGUCGUGGACUCCGUGCCCCUGGAAAGCGUGGGCUUCUGCAGGAGCUCCGUCCUGGCCGGGGAGCAGCCGCGCUGGACGCUCGCCGUGCCAGGCCAGGGCAGCGACGAGGUUCGGAUUCUGGAGAUGCCAUCCAAGACGUCGGUGUGCACCCUGAAGCCGGAGCAGGGCGCCAAGCUGGGCAUGCCCAUGUGCCUGAGGCUGCAGCAGGCUGACUCCAGCCCCCGCCCCCUCCUCCUGGCUGGCUAUGAGGACGGAUCGGUGGCCCUGUGGGACGUGUCCGAGCGGAAGGUGUGCAGCCGCAUCGCCUGCCACGAGGAACCGGUCAUGGGCCUUGACUUCGACCCCCAGAGGGCCCGGGGCGUCUCAGGCUCGGCGGGGAAAGCGCUGGCUGUCUGGAGCGUGGACGGGCAGCAGGCCCUGCAGGUGUGCCGCACCCACCCACUCACCAACCCUGGGAUCGCCGACCUCGCCCUCCGGCCAGACCGCAGGCUCCUGGCCACCGCGGGCUGGGACCACCGAGUCCGCGUGUUUCACUGGCGGACGAUGAAGCCGCUGGCGGUGCUGGCCUUCCACAGUGCUACGGUCAACUGCGUGGCCUUCGCCUCCAACGGCCUGCUGGCUGCAGGCUCCAAGGACCAGCGCAUCAGCGUCUGGUCCCUCUACCCGUGCACGUGACGCCCCGACUCACGUGACUGCCUGCGCACGUCAUUCCCCGCCCCCUCCACAGAGGAUGAGGAGGGGCGGCCGGCACCGGACCCCAGCCUCGACCUCGUGGUGGGAAAGCAUCAUAGGGCCUGUGAGGACCGAAAGUCACAGCCCAAAGAGCCCGCACUCUGUUCAUGAAACCGCCUUCCUGUUGGGAACUGCCACGCGUGAGAGGCGUGGUGUAGGCCUGGCAAUGUUGCGUGCCUCCCCAUAACACCCCACCCCCUCGCCCCGGGAAACCUGAGGGUAUUUUCCAAUAAAGUCUGCAUUGGAAACCUG